AUGCAUCGUUCCGUUGCCUUCACUGUGGUGCCAAAUUUUGGUAUUCCGAGCGACUGGGCAAGCCAUCUUAACCUAAGGUACCUAAUGUGCUCUUUCAAAGAGAAUUUGUCCCAAACGUCUCUUACAAAUGAGACGACCGGAGAUGCUUACCGACAUAAAGAGUUAUACGCUGAAGUCGUCUUAGGAGGAGGGCAGUCAACCCACCCUUCGUGGCUUGUAGCUGUCCCAUUGGCUCCAACCGAUGUCGAGCAACAGAUGUCCCAUUGGCUCAGUGUGACUCUUGUGCUCCACGAUCAUGUAAACACUCUGAAGUGUAACUCGUUUGCGCCGAUGUACACCGUAGAAUUUUAA